CCCUCACCUUCCCGUCCCUCUGCGCAUGUCAGCUUCAAGCCCCCACUCGCAACCCACUGUGCGGCUGCUGCCGCGUGGUGCGCGCGAUCGUGGGGCGGCAGACCCGGAUCACUGAAGCCGUCCUCGAUCUUCCCUCGGCGCGGGCAUGCGAUCGAGGCGACUGCUCCUUGCCGUCGCCCUCCUGGCCUGGGUGGCGCCCGCGAACCCGGAGGUGUUGGAGAAGAGAAAGAAGAAACACCACCACCACCACCGCCGCCAUCACCAUAGCACGCACAACCUUACCGAGGCCGCGAACAAGACUGCAAACCACACUUCCGUUGCGCUGCAUGCUCGUCCUCACCACGAGGUGCUGCAGGUACAUCCGAAUGCGAGCACGCAGCCGCGGCACGUGGCCAAGGCGGCGCCCGUGGCGGCCAGACCGGGCACACUGCCGGCCAAGGCGCCCGCCCAGGCCGCCUCGGCAGCACGGUCGCCGGUCGCGGCCAGGGCUGCGGGCAAGCCGCCCGCCGCAGCGAAGGCCAAGGCGGCGCGGGCCGCGGCGCCCGACCACGGCGCGACCGCUGCCGCCAAGGCCAGACUCAGCGUCGUCGCCUCCGGCGCGCCGCCGGUGGUCGCGGCGGCCGUGCACGCCCAGGGGGACCCGCCGCACCGGGCCUCGAAGGGCCAGAAGGCCAGGGCUGCGCAGAGCCAGGAGGCAGUUCGCCUCCAGCGCGGCCAGAUCUCGGUGGGCGGCCCGCUGCCUCCGGACUUCGAGGAGCGCUUCGUGCAGGGCGUGGUGCAGGCCACGGGCGUGUCCGCCAAGCUGGUCGAGGUGCUGAGCGUCCGGCGCUCCGAGCAGGCCGACGGGAACAUCGACGAGCUCGCCUUCGCGGCGCCGGCGAAGGUCGUCGAGGCCGUGGAAGAGCAGGCGUCGGACCCAGAGUCGAAGUUGGCGAGGGGCAUUCUGCACAUAUUCCUGAUUGACAGGAGCUCGGCGGAGGACGGCGACCAGGGGCCGCCGCCAGAGGAGGAGCGGGAGCAGAGGGUGGAGGAGGAGCCGCCGGCGGAGCACGAGGACGCCGCC